UCGUCUUUUUCUUUCAGGACAGUUAAUGGAUGUCAGAGCUAACAGAGCGGCGUGUGGAGGUAAACAUGGAGCGAAACGUUGGCUCUUUACAAGAGCAGGCCCUGAAGAGAAAAGAGAGGUUAAAGGCAUUAAGAGACAAACAGCUUCAUGGGCAAGAGCAGGAUGAUGGGGAGCCAGAGAAGAAAAAAGCGUCACUAGAGGAGACUCCAGAGGAGAAGCACAGAGAACUAAAACUGAGGAACUAUACUCCAGAGGAUGAAGAGCUGAAAGGGAGGCAGGUACCCAAAGCCAAACCUGCAUCAGUGGAAGACAAAGUAAAAGACCAGUUAGACGCAGCUAAUCCAGAGCCCAUUAUUGAAGAAGUGGAUUUGGCCAACCUCGCACCAAGAAAACCAGACUGGGAUCUGAAGCGAGAUGUAGCAAAGAAACUGGAGAAGUUGGAGAGGAGGACACAAAGAGCCAUCGCUGAACUCAUUCGCGAUCGUCUCAAAGGCAGCGAGGAGGAGCUGGCUGGAGCGGUGGGAGCAGCAGGAGUAGAGGCAGGAGACUCAGACUGAAACCAAGAUUUGACAGAUCAAAAAGAAGAUGACGUCGGAGUGACGUACGAAUGGAUCCCAACAGAGAGAGCCUGACGUUACUGAAACUGUACCAGGUAUUCAUAUGUCCUUCGUGAGCCAUAUUAGUUGUCAGUGUAUCAUUACAUAUGAAUAUGUAGUGGUACAUUCUGUAUAUGUGGCUCAUUGUAAACAAACAAUAUAACUGUAAUGUUUUGUUUAUAUUUUCAAGUAAAAGAAACUUUUUUUUUAAUAAAGUCUGAUUAUUUUAUAC